AUGGAGGACGCCAACACAACAGAUCUUUCUCUGACCUCUUUGGACGCAGGAUACACAAACUCCGUGGAAAAUGCUACAGUUUCGUGCUUUGUGGGGCAGCCUGGAUUACUGGUCUUUGCAGGGGUCUGCAUGGCGAUUUGUCUGUGUGGGUUGGGGGGCAAUGGGAUGGUUGUCUGGUUCUUGGGCUUUAAUAUGAGGAAGAACCCUUCCACUGUCUACAUCCUGAACCUGGCUGUUGCUGACUUCUCUGUGCUUCUUUUGUCUUUUCUGAUCAUAUUGGUAAAUUUUUACGCCCAAGGAAUUUGUUUUCAUAACCAGAAUGCCAUUUUUGCCUUCUACMUUGGGGUGGAUGUGCCGUACUACUUCUUUUACCUUACCAGCCUGGGUCUCCUGACAGCAAUAUGCACCGAGCGCUGUAUUUCUGUCCUCUUCCCAAUCUGGUACCGCUGCUCCCGCCCAAGGCAUUUGUCAGGCAUUGUGUGUUGCGUUCUUUGGGUUUCCUCUGUACUCUUCACUUUCUUAAUUAUUUCUAGCUGUGAGGAUCCUCAUGAACUAACCUGCGAGAAAGCAUUUGAAGGCAUAAUGACUGCAGCCUUAAUCAUUUUCUCCUCGCUCCUGUUGUUUUCCAACCUGAUCCUGUUCAUCAAACUCCGAUACGGCUCACGGAGGCGUCACCCUGGCAGACUCUUYGUUGCCAUCUUACUCAACAUUCUCUUCUUUUUCGUCUUUGGGCUUCCUUACAGUGUAGAGGUAAUACUCCUUGUUUAUCACUCGGGUGAAUUAUUACCUGAAAAUCUGUCUUUCUUGCUGGCRUCUCUGAACAGCAGCAUCAACCCCGUCAUCUACUUCCUGGUCGGGAGCUACCGUCAGCGUCGGUUUGAGGUCUCUGUGAAAGUGGCCUUCCGCCGCGUGUUUGCAGAGAAAACAACGAGUGAGGAGGGCAGCCAGGACCUCAGAGAUACCGUUGCAGAGAGCAGCAUGUAG